AUGUUUUCUUUCUGGUUGCAACGUUCAGCCACCAUUGUGGGAAGGGAAGACCAUAAGCUGUUUCAGAUUGAGGGAGAACUCGCUGCAACUGAAGGACAGCUGCAAUACCUUUGUGGAGGCCUAAUGAGCUUGAAGCGCAGUUGUCGGAGUUCGGGUUUGGCUGCACAAUUGUCAGACACAGCGUGUUUUGCACAAUACGACACUGUUUAUCGGCCCCUUCUAUGUCCUUCCUGUUCACCGACCUGCCCUGCCUUCUUUCCACAUAUCCAACAUUGUGAUGAGCAACACCUGUACCAUGUUUUAUUGCGUAAACACGGGUUCAGAAUCCCCAGCAGCACAGGAGCGUCGCCAUGUUUGAAAAAGUGGAAGGCGGGUGGCCUGUCUAUGUGGCCAAGCUUCACCGUUGGUAAUGCAUUGGCGCCGCCACAAAUGUUGCCUGUGCCGUGA